ACCAAUCACCGAUGAGUGACGUAAAUUAACUCCUCCUAUUCCUGUAAUGGCUGUCUAAGCGUAAAAAUGGUGAACUAUUGGAUAUUUAUAAUGUUUUCGUUGUUAAUUUCAAAUUAUAGGAACAGAUGACGACGAAAUUUCCAUCUUCGUCGCAGAACUCUGCAGGUGGACUUAACAUCCUUUCUCCAGAAGCAAAAGAGUUUGUUCCACGCCAGCUCUCGGACCCGAGCCCGGCAUUUGGAGGCCCAGCGCCCUUUGACCCCGCAGUUGCUGCGGGUGAUGGGCUGCUAGGUCCCGGGCCCCUUUGCUCACAAUCCGUGGAUGUGAUCCCUAGAUACAUGACCACCUGUUACCCGUUUGUGGCCACCAGUGAUGCAAGGCUGGGCAGUCACCCACGGUUACCCGGAAAGUUUGACAAUCAAGUGUUUAUGCCCCAGUUUCAUGCAGCAGGUGUGAGACAACGGUUCCAGCAGCCGGGUACCAAUGGCUUCACCCUUCCCCCCACCUGGAACCAGCAGCCGGGAGGUGUGUGCUUUGGAGGCCUCCCUAGAAUACCCAAUGGCAUGCCGUUCGAUGGCGGCACCUUUCAGAAUGGCAUACGACCGCUGGGCUUUCCACAGAUGUUCCAUAACCAGUCUUUGCGACCGCUAAAUGGUGUAGUGGAUCCUUCAAGAGUAUUGUUAGGGGUGGAGCAUAACGAAGACGUGUGCAUGACAGAGAAGGCUGACAGUGAUGACACCUCUAGAACAGUGGCCUUGCAGACAGACUUUCCGGCAGAGAUAGCGGAUUCAUCUUUGGACGAUAUGCCAAACACGCUGUUCCAGAAGAACUUCUCUAACAUUCAGAACAAUAUAGGUCAAGACACAAAGACAAAAUUUAAAAACAAGCCUUCUGUCUCAAAACGUUCAUAUUCAAAUGCUGAUGUGCCAUCAUCCACACAGUCAUUGAUGACAUCAUCAGUUCAAGGUGAUCAUGUGACUAAAUUGCAUUCUGGAAAAUCUGGCACAUUGCCAAAAGAAGAAACUAGGUCAGGGUCAGAUGCUAAUUUUAAUGGUUCAUUAGAAUCAACACAGUAUUUAUCCAGUGGUGCAAAUGUGCCUUAUCUAAAUAAUAACCCGACUGGAAUAUCAUAUGCAAGUGUUGCUCAAGGUAGGCCUAGUCAGAGUAAUUUGAGUAGUAAAAAUGUCAAUUUUUCACAUGUUUCAAAUAAUUAUAUUUAUAGAAGUUCUGUUUCUCUGGCAACCAGUGAUGCUAAAACCUGUGAUACUAGUUCUAAGGAUAGUUUAGGGUUGAAAAGUGGGAACAAGGCCCGCUAUGGUACGAUAAAUGUGCUGGAUAUUAUCAAUGACCUAGAAAAAGCUGAUCUUAAAAAUGAGGAGAGCAAAAAUGAGGUGAAAAAUAAGGUAAUGGAAAAGGAUAAAGUACCAAGUGAUAAAUUGAAUAUUACUGCUCAAGAGUUCAGGCCAAGUGCUGCAUAUCAAAUAAACGGGGAGGUUGCCUCCCUUAGUCAAAGUGUGAAUGCAGUAGCCUCCCCUGGGAGUUAUGGAAUACCACAACUGCCGCCUCAUUUUCCUAUGCAAGGGUGGCCAUGGACUUCUAAGGAGAAUAUGAUGCAGGUUAACGGCUUAAAGUUUGUGCCUGGGGUGGGAGAAAUGUCAUGGCAACCAAUGUUCCCUCCACCAAUACCUCCAGUGAACUCUCAAGGUCACAUAGGUCUUAUAGGCCCCAUCAGUUUCUCUGACGCAGUGCGUCGUCCACCAUCAACCCAAAAUUUAGCUAACCCAGUCUGCAAUGCAACCAAUGUAACCAGCACUAACACAAACACCGGCCAGGGUUCAACAACUGAAGCUGACGGUGAACAAAAGAAGAAAAAACGUAGAAGACGGCGACGGAAAAAGAAGAACAGUGAGUCUGCGGGCGAUGGGGAAAAUGUAGACUGUGAUGACGCGUGUUCUGGUGCUAACGAUGAUGUGAUCCUCCAUUUUGAAGAUGAGGCGGAGUUCCCGGACCUGGCAUGUGGGACGGGACGGAGCGUCGAGCGUCCGACGGCAAGUGUGGUGACGUCAUAUGGAGACGUGCUGAAAAAUACUCAGGUGCAAUCUACAUUGUCUUCACAGGACGAUUCGUGUGCUCAGCUCUCUAACUCAGAAUCGAAUCCUGCAACAAAGGAGACACGAACUUCCAGGAAGCGUCGAAAGCGACGGGAGUCGGCCAACAAAGCUGCGGACGCUGAGAUGGCAGAGAUCAACCUGGAGCAACACAUGUUAGAGCUGAAAAUGAAACAGAAACUGCCUCUCAGUGCCCGCAAGUCUGCCUCACCAGUGAGAAACACACCAUCACAAGGUGUGUGGAAGCUGGCCCCGUCAAGCCCUGUGACCUCGAACCCCACAACCCUGUCCACGGGUGGCAAGAAGGUGUCCCUGCUGUUACCUGGCACUGUCGCACUGGAGCCCACAUACCAGCCCAACACCUCCAUCAAGCAACCGGGUAUCCUGAAGACGAGCUCUCACGUGGUAACUCCGCCCCCUCCUGUCAGUCAAGGCAGUGCUGGGGGAGGGAAGAAGUCCAAGAUGCCAAUCAUGUGUGACCUGGGAGCUUUGAUUGACGCCUUUGAGGUUAAGAAAGUUCAGGAACAAAAGAAGGAGUUGAAGUUGUUAACGCCCAGAAAGGAGGAAGUUAAACAGUUAAACCCUCUGGACUCCAAUGCCCCAGCUGUGAAGAGAGGAAAGGAGAGGGAAACGCCCAAAGCCAAGAAACCCAGUCCUCUUAAAAAGGUGAUCCUCAAAGAACGAGAAGAAAAGAAGCGACUAAGACUAUUAGAUGAAGAAGAGGUCAAUCAGAGCAUGCACAUUGCAUCAUUCCCCAACUCUCCAAUCAGUGCCCCAGUGGGGAUUGGUGUGGUCAGCGGAGGGGAAUCUGACCUCUCACAGGAUACAUCCAGCUUCCACCAGACAGACAUUGUUGGCAUCGGUACGCCAAACAGUGCGGAGUUGUCUCCCAUCAGCCAGCCGUCUCCCAGCUGUAUGAGCUCUCUCUCGCCAGGAACCAGUCCACUGAGUUCAGGCCUCACCAGCCCUAUGACUAGUACCCUACAGCAGACGGUGAAAUUGAAGAUACACAGUCGCAGGUUUAGAGAGUACUGUAACCAGGUACUAGACAAGGAGAUAGACACCAGUGUGACAGCCCUGCUGCAGGAUCUUGUGCGCUUCCAGGACAAACAGUAUCACAAGGACCCCAUCAAGGCAAAGGCUAAGAGACGAUUUGUUCUUGGACUAAGGGAGGUAACCAAACAUCUGAGACUGAAGAAAAUCAAGUGUGUCAUUAUCUCACCUAAUCUGGAGAAAAUUCAGUCAAAAGGAGGUCUAGACGAUGCCUUGAAUAACAUUCUGGAGCUAUGUAACGACCAGAAAGUUCCAUUCAUCUUUGGCCUGGGUCGGCGUGCCCUCGGGAGGGCGUGUGCAAAAUUGGUGCCAGUCAGCGUGGUGGGCGUGUUCAACUAUGAGGGGUCAGAGGAAAACUUCCGUACGCUGGUGUCCCUGACAGAGAAGGCGCGAGAGCAGUACCGUGAGAUGAUUCACCAGAUCGAGAAGGAGAUCGCCGAACACCCGCCCCGGGUCAGCAUACCGGGCGUCCCGCACAUCUUCGCCCACAUGGGACACUCUCGGACUCCCAGUGGCUGCAGUGUGAUAUCUUUCACGUCGAGCAUUUUGUCUGAGCCAAUCUCUGAGAAUUACCCCCAUUCAGAACCAGAGACUGAUGAUAGAGGGUAUGAGAUCGAGAAAGAUGUUGAAGAUGUCGAUGAGUUGGAGGGAGAUUUGGAGAAUGUCGAAGAUGGUGUUGGGGAUGGGGAGGGGGAUGAGGGGAGUGAGUCGGAAAAUGAUGAAACAGGGUAUGAGGCUGAUAGUGAGGUUGGAUUUGAUAAGAGGAAGAAAAGGUUCGGUCGGCGGAGGGCGGGUGGUAUGGGGAGUGGUGGGGUGGGAGUUGUGGACUAUACAAACCUGAACGGUGUGAGGCAUGAUGAUAUUGGGACUGUAAAUGGUGGAACGAUGGUGAAUGGCGUAGGGGCUGGGGCUGGGAGUGUUACGUGCAGGCCGGGUAUCUUGAAGAAUUCUGCUGAGCGUCUGAGGCUCAUGAAGGCUGGGAACCAUGGUAUAGACACUGGGAAGGAGAUAACCAAUCAUGUAUCUGGCAGCGGUGAUGCCAUGGUUAGUAAUUCUGAUGAUAAGAAUGAUUCUAGUCAACAUAGGGAAUCAUGUGAUAUUCAGUUAUCUAGAAACAAUGACUCUGCAGGCCAUGCCGACAAUAAUCACCCAACUUCCAAUGGAACUGCAACCCAAUCUCCCUUGCUUGAAAACGGCAUUAACAAUAGUUUUGUGACAGUGACCGUCAAGACCCCGAUUGUCAACGGAGACCUGGUCGACACUGACAGCAGUAGCACGCGUGAACUCGACUUUAAGACUUGUGAUGAAGACUCUGAUUUUGAGCGACAGGUUCAGAGCAAGGAGAACCAGGAUCGCCUAGAGGAUCUUCCUCGAUUCAUUGACUCAGUGCACACCUUGGAUCUUGAAAGCACCCUGUCUCAGUAUUCUAGUAAGACAGCGGAAACUGGGGAAAUUGAAGUUCUCUCUACGCAUUCGUCAAAGACCACUCACUCGUCACGAACUCUUGGGGAGGGAGGGAAUACAGAGCGAGAGAAGUCGCUUAAGACCGCUGUGUUUGAUGGCAGGAGAGGGCGGGGGAGUUCUAAUCCAAGCCCCGUUAAUAAUGGUACUAUUGGAGGGGUGGGGAAGUCAGACAGGGAAAACAGGACGCUGUCAUGGGUCCAGGAGGCUCAGAGUAUUCACUUUGGUGAGCAGGGGCCAGGGGCCGUGGGUGGUCAGGGAGAGGAGGGGGAGGGGCGGGGGAUGGAGUGUGUGGAUGGCGGCGUCUGAAUCUGGGCUGGAGUAUGUCACACCUGAUGUCUUCAUACACUCUGAAACCUGCCGUUGUGUGCGUCUGAAGUGGGCACAGACAGUUGCAUCUAAGAUUGAUUGUAUUCAACACUGGAUAUCUUAGAAACAAAAGCUUAGUUCACUCAUGAUUUGUGGAUAUUAAUGGAUGUGUUUAUUUGAAAUGACAAUCCUGUAGUUGUCUGGUGUUUGACGCUUGAAUUAUUUAUAUAGAAAACAAAACUGUGCCACAAUCAGUAAUGCCAUGUGGAUAUUCGAUGCUGGAUGUCUUUAUAAGAAAUGAAACCCUGCCAUUUAUCAGUCAUGGCUGAUGUGAUAGGGCAGUGUGGAAUGUGGUAUAGCCUUCACUUGCAGAAUGUAGCCUUCAACUGUGGGGUGUAGACUGACAUGGCUGAGUUGUUUAUGAUGUGAGUGCUCAAAAUUCACAAUGUUGUUGAACAAUCGUUAGCUACGGAAGAGCUGGCCUAAAUGAUUCUUUCUGUGCAUGGAAAAACAGGUUGAGCUUUGUAAAACCUGCAGGCUUUAGAUUGAAGAAAUCUUAACUUGGCUUGGUUAUUGAUAAAAUGAUACAAUGUAUAAUCUCAAUUUUUAUUUGGACUUUCUUUCUGCAAUGUAAUGCUUUUAAUAUCAGAAGUUUUGCUUGCAUUGCUUGACUGCUAAUUUGUAGGACCUGGACUUUAGGUCAGCAUUCGUUUUACUUUAAUAAGGCCUUGAUAGAAAUUCUAUGCAACUGUUUUGAUCUAUUUAAAAUCACAAUUUCCCUAUUUUUGUUACCAGAUUAUGAAUGUUUUUCUAGAAAUGUCAUUAAAGUUAAAAAGUUCCAAUUGCAAAUUUGGAAAUGAAUAGAACGGAUUUCUUUGGUUCAGUAUGUGUUUGUAUGACAUUUGCUAUCUGCUGGUUAAAAUAUUUAAGGUAUUCCGGACAUGUAUUCACCAAUCCCGACAUGCGUUCUCUUAAAGGGGGGUAACUUUGUGCUACCUUUUUACUUGAAAAUGUGUAAAGCAAAUACAUAAUUGCUAUCAGGAUUAUUACUGUAUCCAUAUGUUAGAAAAAAUAUUGGAUUUCGAAAAUUUGAUUUGAUGUUUUCUCUUUAGUAAAAAAUAAGUAAAGAUUUCCCUACUGAGUGAAUACAGACUAUGUUAAGAUGCUGUGAUGCCACAAAGGUUGGAGCUUCAGUGUGUUCAUUAUAUGAUGCAUAGAUGAUGCUGAAUUUGAGUGCAUUUCUUCAAUACUUUGCUGGUUCACUUGACAUUAACAUUGUCCAGUUCAAACACUGCGUUGCAGCUCAGUUUUUGUAGAGAAUUUUGUUACACAAAUGGGACUGUGAGCUAAAAAACUUUUGCAAUAUGUUUGUUACAUAAGAGAAAAGUGUGAGACAAAAUCUUUGUAAGUGUACUUAAUAUAAUUUCUUAAAAUCAUAAAACUGUUCUCUUCCAGAAAACAUUCACAUUUCAUAGUGAGAGACAGUCGUAUCAGAUUAACAUCUGAACAAAAUCUACAGAUUCACAUUGUUUUCACCAUUACCGUGUGUCUAUAUUUUCUACAAACAUGUUUUAAAGUUAGUUCAAAACAUGUUUUAAAGCCAGUUUAAACAGGGUCAAAAACUAGGUUACCAGGUCAAGUCUUGAACUCUGGGUGCACCUUGAACACAGUUGACCGCUUCAGGGCCAUCAUUGUUGUUAUUUGAAUGUAAACUUCCUGUGAUUGUAUUUGGGUGAAAAUAUGCAUGUUCAUAAUUCUAUUACCUAAUUGAACUAUAUAUACUGUGGCAUUGCAUGUAAUUAUUCUUUUGUUAUCAUGCCUGUAUGUAAGAUAUUCAUGAAUUAUAAAUGUUUAUAUUUGAUUUGCAGGAUGGUGUAUCAUAAACCAUUUGCUAUUGUUUAUUAAUGAUGUUGUAGCGCCCAUUUUGAAAUGUCCUUAUAAGGAAAUGUGUUAUUAAUUGUUGUUUAACAUGGAUUUGUCUAUGUUUUGAGAAUUUGCAUAAAAUUGUAUAAGGUUGUGAUAGUAACUGUGUGAAUUAUCAUAUUAGUAUUCACAAACUUUUAAAACACACAUACAAAAGUUUUUUCUUUUGAUUCCUAUAGCAAAAAAAACUGUAUUACUUGUGUAUACUGGAAUAUUUUAGUUUCACAACUAAAUAAAUUAUUUGGCUAGGUAUUUCAACUAAAAAAUGGAAUGCAAUAAAAAUAAUAUUAAAAAAAAUAAUGUUUUAAUGUGAGUCUGUUUUUAAAAGAAAUGUUUAUCCACUUCUUUCAAUACUGAGGUCUUAUGAACUGUGUCAUGGAAAAAAGGACCUUAUGGCAUAUGCUGUUAGUUUGCCCCAGCCCAGUCGAAGCAUCGCCGUAGUCUGGUUAAGAGCUAUCAUGUCUGCUGAUGAAAUCAUGAAAUAUUGUGUGACUUUAUAGCGGACAAUUCUAGCUCCAGAUCAGACUGCACAAAUGCACAGGCUUGUCUCGGCUCUGCUGGAUGCAUAUGACAUAAGACCCAUAUUUGCAUUACGCGGGUCUAUUAAAACAGAAAAAAAAUGUUUAUUUGUUUUAAUAGGUCCAAUUAGAAAGCUACGCAAAAAGUAUUUUUUAUUAUAAACACUUUUUAAUUGUUUUUCUAUAUAUCUAAAAGGCUGCCAUGGUUUUUAUACAUCCAUAUACAUGCAUCUGUUGUUCUUAUGCAGACUUCCUUAUCUUCUUUUUUUGCUGCCACUUAUGUUUCAGAUUUUCCAUUUGUAUAUCUAGACACUCACUUACAUAUUCUUAUAUAUGUCCUUAAUUUGAAUAUAAAUUAUGCAUACAAAGAUGAUGGCAGAGACACUAUACAGACGGCAUUUUCAGGAAUAAUACAUAAAUUUUAAUUCUUUGCUCAUUACGUUAUUUACAUUUUUCACUGCUGAUUCAAGAUAUUUCUUCUUACUUUUGCAGCAGUACCUAUCAGUGUUUUUAUAAAACAACACUCAAUGUGUUCAUUAAUAAUAAUUGGAUUUAAGGGUUGGUGUAUUAUGGAGAAAAAAACACUAUAAUGCUAUCCAAGUGUUAAUUUCAAACUACAAUGUGCAUUUUAUUAAAACCUGUCUGGAAACAAUCUUCUUUGUUAUCGUUUAUCAAAGGUUUCAUUGUGAAACUGAUGUUUAUUAUACAGACAUUUUACUCACGUACAUCUGUUAUGUGCUUAACCCUUGAUAUGCGGUUAAUGCACAUAUAUUGGACACAAGUAUACAUUUAUAAAUGUUUGCCUAAAGAAAUGACGUUUUUUUAUUUUAAAUUAAAUGUCUUAAUGAACCUCUCUCUGGGAAAACAGGAUUCAAUUCAUGUACGUAAAAUGAUGACCCAGAUAAGCCAGCGCAGUUUGCACAGGCUAAUCUAGGAUGAAACUGUACAAACUUGUUUUUAGUCCAGUUUUCUCAGAGUUAGGCUGAACUGUUAAUUACAAGAUGUCAGGUAAAAUGGCCUUGUUUUUGGAGGAUGUAAACCACAUUGGAUUGUGUUAUGUGUAUGAAUUCAAAUGUAUUAUUGAUGUUAUUUAUUAUCACAUUUUAUCACAUGCUAUACCCUGUUUCCCAUGUAAUACAACCAUUACAUAUUUGUUUAUAUUACACAUGUGUAAUACACCAUUUUUAAGCGUUUGCAUUGGCUUAGUUUUCGUUUAUUGACCAAUCGCAUUUUGUUAUUUUGCUUAAACGACGUUUCAACGUCAAAUGACGUCACAAAAUGUUAACAACAUUUGGGAUUUAUCAUAUAUGUUUGCGUAAAUAUUUAUUUAGUUUGCUCAUUUAAAAGCAUGUGAUAAAAAAGAUCUGACACUCGUUGUCAUAUCAUACCAUAUUUUAUUAAACUCGUCCAGGAAAUUCGUUUGUAAGCUUGCCAAAGGCUCGCUUACUAACAAAAGUCCUGAACUCGUUUAAUAAAAUAUGGUAUGAUAUGACAACUCGUGCCAGAUCCUAUAUGUAUGAAUUGGACUGUUUCAUUACCAGUAAUAAAAAAAUCAAAGUGUUAUUUGAAUAUUUUUUUUGGCAUUACAUAAUUUAUUUUAUCUGAUGUUCUCUUUAGUUUUGGUGUAUUUAUUUUGUUUUGGAUCUUUUGAGAAAACAGUAAAAAUGCAAAAUAAAACAAGCUUAACAUUAAUUUUAUAAUGUUUUUAUGUUCAUAUAUAACAAAUUGUUAAAUCGUGUUUAUGAAGUAUACUUUUUAAUUGUGUUUGAAAUAGUAUAUUUUAAAUGGCAUGAUUUUAAGUAUACAUAUAUUUGGCAUUGACAUGAAUGGCAAUGAGCCGUACUCUGUGAAAACUGGACUGUGUGUGUAUAGGGUUAAUCAAGGACGACACUCAGCCUAAACAAGUUUAUACUCAGAAGACUCCAUAGUUGGAAAAUGAGUCGUCCUUCACUGCACAGUCUUGAUCAAUUAAAUAAUGCAAAAAAUAGAAAUAAAAUGAUGAUAAAUUGGAAAUUAAUUAUUUCUUAAACUUAAUUAUUGUGUGAAAGCACUCAUGUCAUAUUCAGGAUUGUUGUCUACCUUUCCAGUUAUUAGCACUAUUAAAACAUGAGAGCUGUUAUAAAUUAGUAAAUCUUUUUUUCUGUCACAAAUACCAUGACAUAUUUCUGAUUUUGUUUAUAUUUAUUUGGAUGAAAAUGACACAUACUGCUAUUUCUUAUGUAUGUAUUGCCAUAUGACAUGAAAGUGUGCAAAGGGCUGUACAUGUUUGAAUGAUAUUUCUCUGUCAAUAUCCAUCAUAAAAAAGAGGUGUUUAUACCAUGUUGAAGAUAAUAAAAUCUAUAUAUAUA